CCCGCCUCCCCCCCGGAAGUGGUUCCUUGGGAAGAUGGCGGCCGUGUCAGUGUAUCAACCUGCGGUUGGAGGUUUCUGUUUCGAUAACUGUCGCAGAAAUGCCAUCUUGGAAGCCGAUUUUGCAAAGAAAGGUUAUAAGCUUCCAGCGGCCCGGAAAACUGGGACGACCAUCGCGGGGGUGGUCUAUAAGGAUGGCAUUGUUCUUGGAGCAGAUACAAGGGCAACUGAAGGGAUGGUUGUUGCUGACAAGAACUGUUCAAAAAUACACUUCAUAUCUCCUAACAUUUAUUGUUGUGGUGCUGGGACAGCUGCAGAUACAGACAUGACAACCCAGCUCAUUUCUUCCAACUUGGAACUCCAUUCCCUCUCUACUGGCCGCCUUCCCAGAGUUGUGACGGCCAAUCGAAUGCUGAAGCAGAUGCUUUUCAGGUAUCAAGGUUACAUUGGUGCAGCCCUAGUUUUAGGGGGAGUAGAUGUUACCGGACCUCACCUCUACAGCAUCUAUCCCCACGGAUCCACGGAUAAGUUGCCUUACGUCACCAUGGGUUCUGGCUCCUUGGCAGCAAUGGCUGUGUUUGAAGAUAAGUUUAGGCCAGAUAUGGAGGAGGAAGAAGCCAAGAAGCUGGUGAGUGAAGCCAUCGCAGCCGGCAUCUUCAAUGACCUGGGGUCUGGAAGUAACAUUGAUCUCUGUGUCAUCAGCAAGGCCAAGUUGGACUUUCUCCGUCCAUACUCAGUGCCCAACAAGAAGGGGACCAGGUUUGGCCGGUACAGGUGUGAGAAAGGGACCACUGCCGUGCUCACCGAGAAGGUCACUACCCUGGAAAUCGAGGUGCUAGAAGAGACAGUCCAAACCAUGGACACGUCCUGAGGGUGCGGUGAGGGCGGGCUGCCGCUGUGGACGCCGCGGGCAUCCGAGGCUCCCCUGUGUUUCCUGAAUGAAACAAUAAAAACCGUAAACCAACCGAGUG